AUCAUUGAACGUGUUUUAGUACAUAGUUUAAGUGGUCAUAGUGGUCCCCAAGUGAAGUUGGGGAAAGAUUUCGGUUGAAUUGUGCAAAAAUGAGUGAGCGUACCUUGCGCGGUGGUGGUCCUCCCUGCGGCAUAAACACUCCAAGAAUUAAUAAGGCAUUUGACUGCCCUUUAUAAAGGUGGACACUGACGGUGUGUGUGUGUGAAUGUUCUUUUGUUUGCGAAUUCUAUUUACAAACGCGUGCAACGUAACGCGCACGGUACAGUGUUUUAAUCGGCAAAGCCCCCCCCAGAGUUAAUCCCUCUCGACUAUUAUGCUCCAAACCAAAGACCACGGUUUUAUGCGUGUUGGUGCGAUCAUCGCGCAUACGCCGAUAUGAAGUGUGAGUGGUGCCGCAAGCGCGAAUCAAAGUGAUCGACUAGAAUCGAAGCAGAUAUUGCGUGAAAGGGAGCUUUUGUGGUGGUGCAUAACUUAGUGCCGGUGUGUGGUGUGUGGGGCUAUCUGCAGCUAACUUCUACUUUGCCAAAACAAGACGCAAAGCAAACAAAAAAAAUAAGCCAAAGGCUCCAACACAGCAGUUAUGGCCUACCUUUCCGAUGUGGAUCUCGCAACGUUACACAAGUCACGCCUCGAAGAGCGCGUACAAUAUCGGCUCUCGGCAAUGUGGACGCACGGUGCGGAACAGAGUCGGGAACAAUCGCGACCAGUGCCGUCAUCAGACGCGUCGUCACCGGCAAUGUUUGGUGAUCGAGAACGGACAAACGUCCGAGCCACCAGGGCGUCUACAGGCCGCAACACCGUGGACGGUACGAUGCCACGUCUCGAAACGCACCCAAGAACUAGUGAUAUAGUGAACAAUAACGUGGUGGAACGUACUGCGAAAGAAUCCAGCGUUUCGGCUACUGGCACCUCGCAUAAGAAGGGUUCUUUGGAGCAGAAGCUAACUGCAAUGGAACGACCGCUCCAGCAACAACAGUUACUGCAGCAGCAGCAGCAGCAGUACAACUUUAACGGUCAUGUGAUACGCCCUAGGAUUAGAAGUAGUAACAGCAUGUCCAGCAGCAGUUCGACAGCAUCCAACUAUCAUCAUCAGCAUCAUGGCAGCAGCAGCAGCAGUGGAGGAGGAGGCAAACACGUCGAGUGGAGUGAUGACGAUCACCUGCACGACGAUGGCUACUUCUCGUCCGACACUCGCCGAAGAAGGUCCGGUACAUGGCCGCGAACACGAAGUUUGAAUGCACCGUCACCGUUUCAACAAUUUGGACCAUGCGGUCGGAUUAUGAAAAACUCGGCGAUGGUGAUGCAAAUUCAGGAUCCGGCUAGCCAGCGGUUAACAUGGUACAAACCACCACUGGCGGUGCUGGUCAUUAAGAAGGUUCGUGACUCGAAGGUGCUACAACCGUUCGUCCAGCUGGUGGAGUGGCUAAUCCACGAGAAGCAUAUGGUCGUGUGGGUGGAGGCCGCCAUACUGGACGAUGCGCCGCUGACCGGUGACAAGCGCUUCACCAAGCUGCAGGACAAGCUGAUCACGUUCAAGGACGGGCGCGAUGAUCUGACCGAUAAGAUCGAUUUCAUCAUCUGUCUCGGGGGCGACGGAACGCUACUGUACGCGUCGCUCCUGUUCCAGAAGUCCGUCCCGCCCGUAAUGGCAUUCCAUCUGGGGUCGCUUGGUUUUCUCACACCGUUCCAGUUCGACAACUUCCAGGAGCAGGUGACGAACGUGCUCGAGGGCCAUGCGGCACUGACGUUGCGCAGCCGGCUGCGGUGUAUUAUCGUGCGCAAGGACAAAACGGAGCAGGAGAUCUCCACCUUCAAAUCGUCUCAGGAUCCGUCGACUAACAUACUGGUGCUAAAUGAAGUUGUCAUCGAUCGGGGACUGUCGUCCUACCUGAGCAACAUCGAUCUGUUUCUGGACGGCAAGCACAUCACAUCGGUACAGGGUGACGGAUUGAUCGUGUCGACACCGACCGGCAGUACGGCCUAUUCGGCUGCCGCUGGUGCCUCGAUGAUACAUCCAUCAGUGCCCGCCAUUCUCGUCACACCGAUAUGUCCUCAUUCCCUCAGCUUCCGACCCAUCGUACUGCCAGCAGGAGUGGAACUGAAGAUUGCAAUAUCGCCGGACAGUAGAAACAGUUCUUGGGUGUCGUUCGAUGGUCGGAAUCGCCAGGAGCUACUGCACGGUGACAGUCUUCAUGUCACAACCUCCAUUUACCCGGUGCCAAGUAUAUGCGCGCAGGACCAGAUCGCCGAUUGGUUUGAUUCGUUGGCCGAAUGUCUACACUGGAAUGUGCGCAAGCGACAGAAGUGUCUGGACGAGCUGUCCGAUCUGACCGGUUCCGGCACGGAAGACAGCGCCAUCGACGAUAUCGUGCGCGGUAUGGAGAACCUCGAGAAUUGAUCGCCCGUCGAAAAACGAGUGUACGAAACAACAGAGCUACAAAAGAUCAAAUCGAAGCUAAGCGUACUUUGCGACAACAGGAAGCAAGAGUACAAAGUGAUCGGAACGUAAAAGCAAUCGUUUGGGGAGUGUUAUACGUGUGAAUGGGUGUGUGUGUGUGUGUGGGUGGAUCCUUCAGGUAUUUUAGGAAGGAGCAAUAGCGAAACAGGAAUGUAGCGGAUCUCGUGCAGUGUUGUAGCAAAGCGCGCAAGGUAUGUUUUGGUGUCCCGAUUCCUUUUAGUUACGGUUCAAGCACGGACUGCUUUGAGUACUUCAUGGUUGCUUUUUAUUGGAAUACAAUGUGUAGUGCAGUUUGCAUGUGGAUGAGGUUGAGUAACCAAUCCGAAGGUUUUCAUUUUAAACAAAAUUUACGUUCUACACACCAUAGCGUGUUCACACCAAGGGAAAGUGAUUGUUUCGAUAGUAAAACGAGUGGUAUUCGGUGAACGGUGCAGCGAAAUCUGUGUGAUGAGCGAAGCGUAGCGUAACUCCAGCUUGUUUAUUGUGGGUCGGUUUGUUUUUGUUAAGUUUAGAUGUGAUGGUUCUCAAGGAGAACGCUACAAGAAAGAUACAUGCUACAAUAGUGUAUAAGAGCUAAUAGUUUGGAAAACGCUGUGUGUUAAAAAAUGGAACAGAAACAACAAAAAAAAUACAUGGAUAAUGAAAAGUAAUACAAGAACGAAAAAAUCCUACAACAAAGUCAAACUUUUUUUUUGCAACAGUCGUAGUUUCCCUUCCGUAGGCGUUCAUCAACAUCAGCUCAAAUUACGCUCGAAACUGCAGAAUGUCCGACCCCGAUCGGUCGGGAGGCACAAAUGAAGGGGGAGACAAUUACACUAAGGUAAAGGCAAAGUUACCGACGUCCAAACAAAAGCACGGACAAAAGAUUAGCAGAGCAAGCGAUGUGGGGUUGGACGCGAUGAUGUGUUUCGCUAGAUACGUUUCGUAGUGAUAAAACCAAACUUUACAGCGCUUCAGUUCUUUGUUUUGUUUGGUGGAUUCCUGUGUUUUUUUUUUUUAAAUAAUAUACCUUUUGAUAUUGCUAACCAUUGUAACGAGGGCAAUGGCCGGAUGAAA